GAGUGAGCGAAAUCCUUUUUAAAUUUCGUUGGUAACUUAUUUAAAUCGAAUAAUCGAAUGUGUUCGAUAAUCGAAAUCUCGAACUCGAAGCUCGAGUUACAAAAUCGACCGCACCUCGUAUCGGAUGCAUUUACGAACCUCUCUUGGAGCUCCUGCUCGGUGGUGUGCCCGUAGGAGGAAGUUCUUCGAGGGUUUGCCAGAUUUAACGAAUUUUAUACGAAACAAAUCACGAUUAACGAGUUAUCCGACCGACGCGUUAAUGUUCGCUCGUAACGCUUAAACAGUUACGAACGAAUGUUCUUUUUCGACUCUUAUUACGGAGAACUGGUCGCGAUAGAAUUCGACAGACACUGGUCAUCGCACGAACGAAUCUUCAAUCUUCAUCGACUGAUUUGACUGAUUUUUGAGAUCCAGUCACCGAAAACUUCCAUCAUUCCGUCAAAAACCGAGUGCCGACCCGCAGGGUGGCGAUCAUUUGAUAAGGGCUCAAUCUGCUAUAGACUGGUGGUCCAGUCUAUUGGUGGGUGUGUGAAUAACUGCGGCAACUGGAAGUUGACCCUGAACGCAGAGCCCCCGUGGCUUUGCUAGCACCCCCAUAGUGAUCUUGUCUUAACCCGCCUCCUCACGACUCACCCAAUUCUCAUUGACAGCUGCCUCUUUGCUGCCUAGCACCUACAGAGUAUCUUUUAAAAACUAAUAAAACAAUCAACAUGAAGGUAACGAAUCUAGACGAACGUAUCCAUGUCUUGGACAAUGAAUCAAACGUUAUGACCGUCAUCAAAGAUAUUGCAUUGAGUGGAUUACAAGAAGAAGCUUUUUAUGUACUUGACAUUGGUGACAUUGUUCGUAAACAUCAAAUUUGGAAGGAAAAAAUGCCACGUGUUAGCCCUUACUAUGCCGUGAAGUGUAACGAUAACUUAGUCGUAAUCGAGGUAUUAGCUGCUCUUGGUAUUGGUUUCGAUUGCGCAUCUAAAUCUGAGAUUAAUAAAGUCUUAAGUGUUGGAGUAGACUCAUCGAGAAUCAUUUUUGCUAAUCCAGCUAAACCAGCAUCGCACAUACGUCAUGCCGCUACCGUUGGCGUAGAUACGAUGACAGUUGAUAACGAAAGUGAACUGCAUAAGAUUAAGAAACUCCAUCCCGAUGCUAAGAUUGUAAUCAGAAUUCGUUGUGAUGCCGAAGUAGCUCAAUGCCAACUGGGCAUGAAAUUUGGUUGUGAUCCGAUAUACGAAGCACCAAAUCUUUUACGUCUUUCGCGUGUAUUAGGUCUCAAUGUUGUUGGAAUUAGUUUUCACGUUGGAUCCGGUUGUCAGGAUCCACCCGUAUUUUAUCGAGCUAUACGUCAUUCUAAAUCAUUAUUUGACUUGGCCAUGGAUCUCGGUUUCAAACCUUAUUUACUUGAUCUCGGUGGUGGUUAUCCUGGGAACAAAGGAACUAGCAUCGAUAAAAUUGCUGACGUUAUUAACAAAGCUCUCGAUGAGUACUUCGACACUGAUGCCGUUCAUAUAAUCGCCGAACCUGGUCGUUUUUACGUUGCAUCUGCAUUUACACUCGCAACCAGUAUUCAUAGCAAACGUUCCGUACGCGGUGAUGAAAAUUCACCAAAUGCCGUCACUCACAACAUGUAUUAUAUCAACGAUGGCGUUUAUGGCUCAUUCAAUUGUCUGCUCUAUGAUCAUCAACAUGUAACCCCUGUACCUCUAAAGAAAGGUUGUGGAAAAAUGAUUCCCUCGAGUAUUUGGGGACCAACUUGCGAUGGUUUGGAUCAAGUCGCGGAAAAUGUUUUACUACAUGAUAUGGAUCUUGGUGACUGGAUAAUAUUUGAAAAUAUGGGCGCUUACACAUUACCGGUCGCUUCUCCAUUCAACGGAUUUCCGGUACCCAAGGUUCAUAUUGUCGCAGAUGAAAACAUUUGGUAUUUGUUGAAAGGUUCUUUACCUUUAACCGAAGACCACUUUGUUAUCGGUAAUACGCCAGCUAAUUUACGACUUGGUCUAGAUAUCGGAGGAACUGACACAAACGCAUGGCACAAUCCAACUAUUGAACUGACAUCUGCGGAAAUAUUGGCUGGUGCCACUAAUUCUCGAUCGUCAUUCAUUUACGAUUACGUUGAAGUUGAUCCGUUAAAUUAAUUAAGAUUAAUUAUGGAUUACAUUAUGACGACAAUGCAUGGAAAAAACGACAUUGCAGGCAAAAAACCGCAUCUUUUAUUACGAACGUAUACAGUCAUGGCUAAAGUUAAAAUUCGAUAUUUUUUUACGAUUUACAACUUUUAAUCGUAUAUUUUAUAUUUAUCUUGUUUAGCUUAAAAGCGAAAAAUAAUGUUGAAGAUAAUUUUGAUUCUUCAUUUUUAUUCGAAGCUUUGAGUUUUAUUGGUAUUUGGUGCCAUUUGAAUUAAAAUAUAUAAACAAAGAAAUACUCAUACUUUCUAUUUUAAUUAAAGGUUAAAGACGUGCAAAUUAUAUUGGUACUGAUGCAGAUACAUGCGAUUGUUUCUAAACGAUCAAGGAGUAACAUUUAUAAAUUAUAAUAAUAUACAAUUAAAUCAGAUUUUCAAAUUACUGUUAAAAAGUUAAUCGCAAAGUUAUCGUAGAUACUCUUCUGCAUGAAAUAUUUACGUAGAAAUAUUUAUAUAUAACUUUUUAGAACCGUAGUUUCUCAAAUAUUACAUAUGAACUUUCAUAAUAUUUAGAAACGUGUUUAUCGAAUCUUUGGAGAAUAUCUACAGUUUGCACGUUUAAUAAUAUAGAGAAAGUUGAGGUCAUUUUUAUAUAAAUCAUAUAAGUAUGAGUUACUGAAAUGGUUUUGUACGAAAAAAAAAAUCAUUGCGAGUUGUGCGAUCAACGUAAAAAAUUUGACGUCCAUGUUGUUGGUAAAAAAUACAUGUCACAUGUGGUUUUCUAAUAUUUUUUUGACACAAAUACUGCUUACAUGAUUUAUAUGAAAGGUAUUAAAAGAAGUAGCACUUUUGUGUAAGGGCUUGAAUGUUGAAUCAUUUAUAUUGUAAACCACUUAAAUAAUCAUUGUAAUUUAACUUCGUGAUUAAUGAAAGAAAAGAUGAAAAAAUUGCAAAAAAAGGUGGCGGAAACAUAAAAAAUAGCAGCAAAAGUGACGUACAUGUCCAGUCUAUGUAUUGCGGUAAAAACACAAACAUUUCUACUUUCUUAAUGUAUUUUUGUUUAAUAUUUCGUUCCAAAUAUCAAAACAAACUCUGUAGGACUGCUAGGAUUUUUAAGGCAUUGAGGCAGCUGUCACAGGAAAGAAA